UAUAGUGAAAAGACUAUUUAUUUCAUUUCACCAACUAUAAGGCAUAAUAAUUGAACUUCCAACAAAGAAAUUGUCAAUUCUAUAUUGUUUGUAGAUAAAUAAAGGUAGAUGAAGAGUUGAAGCAGAGGAAAAUAUGGAAAAGAUUAGCAGUUUGAAACACUUAUUUGUGACAGUGUUUCUCUCAAAUUUUGCAUUUAAUGUGGUGACUCCAGCAAUUACUGAUAUCACUAUGGAUGCAAUUUGUCCUUCUCAAGACAAGUGUUCUCUUGCUAUUUAUCUUUCUGGUUUCCAACAAGCUAUUAUGGGAUUGGGAUCAAUGUUGAUGAUGCCCCUAAUUGGAAAUUUAUCUGAUGUUUAUGGAAGGAAAACUUUGCUCACAAUUCCAGUCACACUCUUGAUUUUUCCUUCAGUGAUAAUGGCAUACAGGAGGACCACAAACUAUUUUUAUGCUUACUAUGUGAUGAGGACGUUGACUGGCAUGCUCAGUGAUACUGGCAUUCAAUGCAUCUCCAUUGCUUAUGCGGCUGAUUGCAUGUCAGAGGAGAAUCGCGCUUCUGCUAUCGCAACUGUGGCGGGUGUAGGCUCUGCUGCAUUUUUAUGCUCUAACUUUGUUGUUCGUUUCCUUUCGACUGCACAAAUAUUUCUGGUGUCAUCAAUUUCUUCAUCAGCUGCGCUAUUAUACAUGACAAUGUUCCUAAAGGACAACAUUAAAAACAACUACGAUGCUCUCAAUCAAUCCAUAUUAGCCAACCAUCAAAGUGACCACUCAGAGGGAACAACAUUUCACCAAAUUAUUAACUUGCUCAACACUAGUACCACACUUUUAUUGGCAACAUUUAUUUCAAUCUUAUAUGGUCUUGGCGAGGGUGGAAUACAAUCUCCAUUUCUGUACUUCUUAAGGGCUCGAUUUCAAUACAACAAAGACAAUUUUUCUAUUCUAAUGCUUAUUUGCUACGGCGGGGCAACAUUUUCUCAAUUAAUCUUAUUGCCCAAGUUGGCUCGUAUAAUCAGAGAAGAGACAAUACUUUCCUUGGCACUCAUAGCUGGUUUUAGCAAUAUGCUAAUAGAUAGCAUUGCAUGGGCAGCUUGGGUUCCUUAUGUAGUUGCUGCUUUGUUUCCUAUGUUUUUCUUCCUAGCAAAACCAGCUUUACAAAGCAUUGUUUCAAAACAAGUUGGGUCAAACGAGCAGGGAAUUGCUCAAGGGUGCCUUUUUGGCGUAGGUUCCUUUGCAAACAUUCUCUCUCCAUUUAUAUUUAGUCCUUUGACAGAUCUUUUCUUAUCUGAGAGAGCUCCAUUUGAUUAUCCUGGUUUUAGUAUGUUGUGCAUCGGCCUUGCUUGGUUAAUAGCAAUUAUACCUAGCAUGAUGAUAAGCUGGUUUGGUACUACCUAUAAUUCAAGACACAAAAUCAGGGAUGUCCUUUGCUAGGAGGCUUAAUUUCAACAAACUGUAUAUUAAUUUGUAUAUCUAAAAUCCAUUUUAUACACCAAUAAUGUAUAAAAGUGUUGAUAGUAAUUGAUCAUCUCACAUUUGAAUACUCCAAGUUAUAGUAUUUUAUUCA